AUGGGUGUAGAGAGUAUUGUCACACCCAGUCUCAUCCAGACAUUUGCAAACUUGGAUGCAUCGCGCUAUACCUGCGGUGCAGCCAUGACUGCAAUGUUUUACGACUACUUUCUCACCUUUUCUGAGGAGGUCAAAUGCGUCUGGGAAGACAGACGAUUGAGCAUCCCGCGACUCAUGUUCUUUUGGAACCGAUACUUUGUCUGGCCGUGGAUCAUCCUUUCCAACUAUCACAUUGCAAACCUUCGUGGGCCACUUUCGGACAAGUUGUAG